UUGAAGGGUUUUUGUGUUGCUGAGAGGGGAAAGAUGUCGGAUUGGGGGCCUGUUUUCGUGGCGGUGAUGCUGUUCCUACUGCUAACACCAGGGCUGCUGAUUCAGAUUCCGGGGAGAUCGCGUUAUGUAGAGUUUGGCAACUUUCAGACCAGUGGGGUGUCCAUCCUGGUGCAUUCCAUUAUUUAUUUUGCACUCAUGUGUAUCUUCCUCAUUGCUAUUGGUGUGCACAUGUAUGUUGGUUCGUAGCUGACAAAA